CUGUUAAACACGAAGCCACUGAUGAAUUUGCGCAGGUAGUGUGUGAAUGCAACUUGACACCGAGCGCGUUUGGGGCAGAGAGUGAAAGUUUUGACAGUGACAUUGUUGGCGGAUCUGCUGAGGACACACAGAGAGCAGUGCACUACUUGAGUCAGAAUGAACUGUCCCUUCAGUCCCAGGUGGGAACCAGGACCUGACCUCUCCUGUCUGCACCAGUACAAUGAGUGGCUGGCGUGUAGGCAUAAGUCCAGUCUACUGCCCAUGAAAGAAGAUCUGGCCAUCUGGCUUAACACAAUCCUUGGUUUGGAUAUAACAGUGGAUAACUUCAUGGACAGACUAGACAAUGGUGUCGUCCUGUGUCAGCUUGCAGAGGCGCUACAGGAGAAGAUGGUUCUGGCCAGCAAUGAAAAGCCCUUUAUUCGGUGUGUGAUUCGCUGGCGGUCUGAUGCAGCCUCUGGAUCAUUCUUUGCUCGAGACAAUACAGCUAACUUUCUGUACUGGUGCCGUAAAAUUGGAGUGGAGCAGUCACAUCUGUUUGAAUCCGAAGAUCUUGUUCUUCAGAAGCAUCCCAGGGAUGUGUGCCUGUGUCUCAUGCAACUUGCGAGGAUUGCCUCGAGGUAUGGCAUUGAGCCGCCAGCGCUGGUCAAGCUCGAGACAGAGACUGAGAAACAGGAAGAUGAGUCUUUGUCCCCAACCAUGUUCUUCGCCUCACCACUGCCGUCUCCCUCCACCCCACCUGUUUUCUUCCCUCCUGAUCCAGAGCCCCCUCCAGUCUCAACGCCCUCGUCCAUCUCUCCUCCGAACCCCUCUCCCUCUCCUCCUCUGGCCCCUACCCCUCCCCCAGAGUGCACGUCCAUCUUCUCUGACUCGAACACCCAGUCAGAACCUCAGCAAACUCCACCAAGAACACCGUCACCCAUCAGGACACCCGUCAAAUCAACGCUGCCCACACCAUCAAACGGCCUUGUGAAGACUAGUGGGAAAAAGAGCAGCGCUAACCUGCUGGAUGAGAUUGUGAGGCAGAUAUCAGAGGAUCCACCAUGCAAAUGUCCAGUCAAAUUCUGCAUUGAGAAACAGCCAAAAGGCCAUUAUCGUGUCGGAGACAAAGUCCUUUAUGUCAGGAUGCUGAAUGAUAAACAUGCCAUGGUUCGUGUUGGCGGUGGAUGGGAGACAUUUGUUACUUACUUGUCAAAGCAUGACCCUUGUAAGAUGACUGAGAUCCCUCGGCCUCGAACCAAAACCUGCAAGCCUAACGGCAGGUCCCCAGUCAAGAGAGAGCUGUCCCGGGACAGUUAUCUGGUCGUGGGUACACAUUCCCGCUUCAAGAAGUAAUGUGACAGUAAAUGCUACUUCUGUUAAAUCAACAGCAGGGUUUUUUUUUUCUAGGAGGGAAGCAGCCCAGGUGGCUUGAUCUUUUUUUUUUUUUGUAAUUUAAUUAAUCUUUCUUCAGGGCAGUGGUCUUCAAUCUUUUGGGUAAUGACUCAAAAAAGUUUAAAAGUUGCAAGUUAAAAGAAAAUUGCUAGCAUAUUCAUAAAAUUGCUUACAUUCAGCCCAAGGCAUGUUAAUGUUGCAUACUGGUGGAUCUAUACAGUACAUGAUUAUAUUAAUACAUUUGAAAGUUUAUUUUUAAAGAACAUUCUCUUUACUUUUGUAAGAUAAAAUUUUGGUAAUGUGCUGGGUCACUAUUUGAUGUUCAUUGUAAAAUCUCACCUGACACAAAAGAAUAUUGACCCAUAUGUUUUUUACAGGGUAUCUCAUACUGUAUCUCCUGGGUUUUGUUUACAGAUAUAAAGAAUUUUUCAUCUUGCCUUUUUUUUUUUUCUUAUGUUAAAUUUUAAAAGGUCAGGAUCAUUUACUGGGAAGCCAAUGUUGGUUUACUUUAUCUUUAUUUUAUUGUAACCUUUCAUUCUGAUUUAUGGGUGCUGUAUGCUGAUUGUUUGACUUUACAAAUUAAUUUUAGUGUAUUAUAAAUGAGGGUUUAAAGUGAACAUGUUCCACAAAGAUCCUCUAGGGGGUGCCCCAUUUCAAAUUAUCAACUGUUUUUCAGUAAUGCAAAUACUAAAAUAUUGCCUUUCUAUGUGGAAAUUUGUGUAGAAUAGAAAGUGUAUUAAACCUGACCCACCUGCC